AUGAAAAAGUGUAGUGGGUGUGGGCGAUUUGCUGCUGCUGAUGACUUUGCUCGGUGCACGAAAUGCCCGGAUGUCUACUGCAAAAAGUGUCGUAAGACAGGAAUAGUUCCAGAAGACUGGCUAUGCCCAGCGUGUGUAGCGAAACAGCCAAGAAAAAGCUGUGAGACCCCUCUGAAGGGUGUCCAAGAUGUUACCAUUUCUGAUCAAACCAACAACCAACCUCUCACUGCGGACGUAAUACGGGCAAUUAUAAGAUCAGAAUUAGCCGAAUUGCAAACCAGUUUCGAAAAGAGAAUAGUUCACUUGAUAGCUGAGAAGACUAAAGAGCUUACCAAAGAGAUAGAAUCGCUUAAAGAAUCACAAGCAUUUAUCAACAAAGAAUUCGAAGAUACUAAGAAGGAAUUCACUCAAUCUCAAGUUCACCUAAAGAAGGCACUUAAAGAAAAUGAAGCAUUGAACAGCACGAUCACUAAUCUGAAUGUUAAAUUGUUAGCUCUUGAACAGCACUCCAGGAAAUCUAACAUCGAAAUACAAUGUAUUCCUGAGCGUAAGUCGGAGAAUCUUAUUAAAAUGGUUCUUCAAAUCAGCAAGACUACAGGCAGUAACAUUACAGAAGAACACAUACAUCACUGCACCAGAGUGUCAAAAAUCAACGCUACAAAUUCAAGACCGCGCUCGGUUGUAAUACAAUUCGCAAGUCCUAGAGUGAGAGAUACUUUUUUAGCAGCGGUAUUGAAAUUUAAUAGGAAGAAGCAGAAAAGUGAUAAACUGAGCACUAAACAGGCAGGUAUCUCAGGUGAUGCCUAUCCAAUCUAUGUAGUCGAGCAUCUCACCCUAGAGCAAAAAAACCUUCAUGCCGCGACUAGACUCAAAGCGAAAAAACUCGGCUACAAAUAUAUUCUCGUCAGAAAUGGUCGCAUUUUGGUACGAGCAACUGACAGUUCCGAAUAUGUAGUAAUAAGGGACCUAAACGACCUUAACACUCUCAAGGAGUUGGAAAUAGUUACUGAUAAAAAAAGUAAAGGAUAA